GGGUGUGGAAGUGUGUCUCUUGGAUAAACAGGGCUGGUGAUCACUCCUGUGGGUAACCUCACUCCUGUAGGUUGGUCUGUCUUAGUUUAUUGGACUGUUAUUUGAGAGUGAGCUGCUAGGAGUGGCACUUUUAUUAUUGUAAUUAUUUUUAAGCAAUUUUUUUAUCUUGUUGAAUUCAUUGUGAAUAAAUUUUGUAUUUUUAUACGAUCCCUACGUUUCCUGCCUACCUUUUUGUUUUUAAAAGAGAUGCGAACCUGUGACCUAAUAAUAAUCUUUAGGGUUUAUCUCUAUUUCCUGGGUGAAAAUGCAUUACAUCAUGCAGAUGCAGGUCGAGAGCUUUAGUUAAGGUUCACAUCAAACAAUGGAAUAUGGAAAAUGUAUGAUCUUAGUGAUGAUGUUGGUGCCAGACGGGCUGAAGUUGAUUAUCUCCUGGGACUUUUAUACACAGUCGACUCUAAAGAUUACACAGAAUGGUGAGGAAAACAAAAAACACCCACUGGGUGUCAGGUCUGUGGGCGGGAAGGCCUUGUUGAGGAGAGCGGUCUGAGGAGAAUGAUCAGACUGGUUUGAGCUGACAGGAAGGCUAUGGUAACACAAAUGACCACUCUUUACAACCGUGAUGAGCAGAAAAGCAUCUCAGAGCUUUGUCAAACCUUGAGGUGGAUGGGCUACAACUGCAGGCGAGCACACUGGUUUCCACUCCUGUCAGCCGAGAACAAGAAUCUGAGACUACAGUAGGUAAAGGAGCACCUAAACUGCACAGCUGAAGAUUGGGUCCUUCUCUAAACUUCAGUGAUCCAAUGUCUGUGAGCCUGCGUCCACUGUAGGAGGUUGCCAUGGCACCAGGCAAGGUGGCCCCAAUUCCUGCUGUGCGGAAGGGUCGAGAGGGGACGGUCCUGAACUAGUGCACCAUUUGCUAAUGGGAUCAGACAGGCGUGCCGGAGAACAUCACACAUCCAGGGCAGGAUAGGCUUCAGCUGAGCCACUGACAAAGGACUGAAUGAGCCAACGCCUUUCUUCAAUCUGGUAGAAGUCUGCUUUUUUAAGCAUCAGCAAGUGAGUGUGACCAGCACUCGAGAUCUCCCUACAGAUCUUCAGCAUGAAGAGUACUGCCAUUUCCACUCCACUGCUCUCCAUCUGCCUCAUUCUGAUUGCAUGUCGCUGUUCCCUGGCAUCGUCAUUCUGCCCAGCGCAGUGUGUUUGUGAAACACGGCCGUGGUACACCCCUCAGUCUGUGUACCAUCAGGCGAAGACUGUGGACUGUAAUGAACUCCAUCUAAGCACCAUCCCAAGAAACAUAUCUUCUGACACUCAGGUGCUGCUUCUCCAGAGCAACAACAUCUCCAUGGUGACUACAGAACUGCGGACUCUUGUCAACCUCACUGAGUUGGACCUCUCUCAGAACCACUUUACACAAAUCCAAGAUGUUGGACUGGGCAACUUAACCCAGCUGGUCACCCUUUACCUGGAGGAGAAUCAAAUUAAAGAACUGCCUGAUUUGUGCCUGAAAGAUUUAGUCAGCUUGGAGGAGCUUUAUAUAAACCACAACCAGAUCUCCUCAAUUGGCCCACAUGCCUUUUCUGGUUUAGGAAACCUGCUUAGGCUCCAUCUAAAUUCAAACAAAUUGGUGGCUAUUGAUAGUCAAUGGUUUGAGUCCCUUCCAAACCUGGAGAUCCUCAUGAUAGGUGAGAACCCUAUACUUGGAUUGGAAGAUAUGAACUUUCGCCCUCUUUCUAAAUUGCACAGUUUGGUACUAGCUGGCAUGGGCCUCAGGGAAAUACCUUCCGGAGCUUUCCAAGGACUGGAAUAUCUAGAGAGUCUCUCAUUUUUUGAUAAUAAACUGACAGAAGUGCCCAGAGAUGCACUGCGCGCUCUACCAAACCUGAAGUUCCUCGACCUCAAUAAGAAUCCUAUUGUUUAUGUGCAGGCAGGUGAUUUCCAGGACUUUGCCCACUUGGAGGAGCUCAGUAUGAACAACAUGGAGGAGCUUGUGGCUGUGGGAAGAAAAGCAUUUUCCAACCUCCCGCAGAUGGCCAAGUUGGAGGUCUACAACAACCCUCGUCUAUCCUAUAUCGACCGCGAGGCUUUCCGCGGCAUGGCUAGCUUGCGCACUCUGCUGUUCCACAACAAUGACCUCACCCUCCUUCCCCAUGAGGUUUUAGCUUCCUUCCCCAACCUGGAUGAGGUCAGCCUCCAUAGUAACCCCCUCAGGUGUGAUUGCCUCUCGGUCUGGGGACCAAUCUUUGGUAACCAGUCAAGUCUCAAGCUUCUGGAAUCCAAGAUCACUAUGUGUGCCUCCCCUCCAAACCUGGUAGGGCACUCUCUCCAGGAAGUGGUGUCAAAUAACUGGGACAUGGCAAGUAACACCUGCCUGCCGGUCAUAUCUGUGAAUAGUUUCCCUCCCAAGAUCAACGUCACAGCCGGUCAGCCCCUGACGCUUAACUGUCGUGCUGUGGGUGACCCUGUCCCUCAGUUCUACUGGGUAACCCCCACAGGUGACAAAGUCACCUCAGAAGUGGUAUCACCAGCGCUGACUGAGGGGAACAGUGGCACGAAGAAGCACAGGUUGCAGGACGAAGGUGCUCUGGAGAUCCUCCAUGUUGAACCAGAGGACGCUGGCUUGUAUACAUGUGUGGCGUGGAAUACAGAUGGUGCAGAUACCCGAAGUGUCUCUGUGUAUGUAGACAAGAGUAACUGGCAUGAUGACCGGCAGAAAGCCAACCAGCAAGGGGGAAGGAACACCACUGGAGCCCUUGUUAUCCUUGCAAAAGUCAUCCAUGCACAAUCUGUAGUAUUGGAGUGGAAAGUUUACCCAACUACCCGUGUCUCCAGCCACGAGAUGUCACAACCCAAGUGGCUCAGUGCCACUAUGAGAAUCAACAACCCUCACAUUAGCUAUACGGCAAAGGUCCCAGUGGACGUUCAAGAAUACAACCUCACGCACCUGUUACCCUCAACAGAAUACCAAGUCUGCCUGACCAUGGCAUCGACAGAGCAGCAAACUCAGCAGUCCUGCAUCAAUAUCACCACCAAAGAAGCCAGCUUUGCUGUGGAGAUAGUCGCCCAACCGAGCAACGUUGCCUUGGCGGCGGUGAUGGGCUCCAUGUUUGCCAUCUGUAUCAUGGCGCUGCUGGUGUUUUACAUGGGAAGACGUAUAAAGCAGAAGUCCUGCCAUCACUCGUUGAAGAAGUACAUGCAACACGCCACCUCGAUUCCCCUCAACGAGCUCUACCCACCUCUCAUCAACCUGUGGGAGAAUGAAACUGAGAAAGAGAAAGAAGGGUCUGUUGACCCUCAAAGCUCACAGAUAGACACCUCAAAGACAUACAUGUGGUAGUUCAGUACAGGAUGCAUAGAAAGACAAAAAGACACUUUAAAUAAAGUAUGUAUGGUGCUGUACAUAGUCGAUAAUUGUACGUAGUUACUUACUAAGAUGUCAUUGUGAAAGAUGUAUUUUUAGAUUGUAUAACCCUCCAUAGCCGGAACAACUCUCAACUUAUUCGGGUACGGUUGUGAAGUGGUUAUAUACAGAGUAGAUGAAUUUUUAAAAGUGCCCAGCCAAACACCCCCCUGCAAUAAUCUCGCAUUAAGUUUCGGUGAACAGUUUAACAUUAAGCAUGCAGAUCUAUUAAUUAUUUGUAUAAUUUACUAAUCAUAGAAACAUUAAUAUCGGUCACGAGUCUGAACCAAAACCUUGUCGUCACUGCACAGGCUGUUGAUAGAGUCAAGGUUGCAUAUUUUGGAUUUCUUGCAUGGUGUUCUUGCAUGCUGUUUCAGUUAGUGCUUAGAAAGUACCUUCAUUUUUCUCACCAUCUUAAAAUGCAAAGAUGUGAGAAGGUGGAAAGCACACAUCUCCUGUAUCCAUUCCAAUGUUUAUCACCUGCACUGAAUUCACAAAUUCUAUCUGCCAGUUGUUGUGAAAAUCGCUGAUACCUGCAACUAAUUAGCUGUCAAGCAUAAUUAAUAAUUGCUACAGCAACAACACAGCUAUAUGUAUUCACUUUUUACUUUUGGAUCACACUUUUGAACUGUGUAUUUCUGAAUGUAGAUAUUUUUACUGUUACUGAUACACUUUUUUUUUCACUUGGUACGAGAUGAGUGAGGUGUCAUUCAGACGCCUGGUGUAAUUUAUGUUAGAAGACACCUACAAAUCUCUUCUGUCACAUAUAGAAAAAACAGCUAAGGUCUAAAUAAUUGACUGGUGACACAUUUCUGUUGUUUUGGCUCUGUACUCCAGCAUUUAAAAUCAGCUUAAAGUGCAAAGGCGCAGCUUUUUUAUACAUGGCACUCUCCCCGUUUCCGACACCAUCAUCUGCUGUUUUUGCCACUCAAUGUAAAUAAUCACCAAAUUUGCUAUUUUUUUGGUCUAUGAAACACUUUCAACUCCGUACACUCCCAAUUCAAUAGAGAUUAGUUUAGAGUUUAACAUGGCCGAUUAAGAAUAUUCCACUUUUUGGCCCUGAAAACUGUAUAGAAGAAGCACAGCAGAACUAAACCAUUAUCUGCACAUCACUUCCUGUUUUGCGUUUUUUUCAAGUUGAUGUUUGUAGACCGCAUUAACUAGCUAAUCUUAUUUAUUUAUUCAUUUGUUUACUUUUUGUUAAAAUAUUUAAGUAUUUUAGUUAAUCUUCAUUUUAUCAUUUUUAUAUGUCUAUAAUUUUUUUAUGUCUGAUUCUAUUCUGUUUCUACAUCUGUUUUAUUAUUUUAUAGUUUUCCUAAAAUGCUAAACGAGAAGGACUGAGGAAUCAAGACACUCAGUAAAGAACUGGAAUCGUUGCAGGCUGAAAUAAAGGUACUACCUAAAUGGCAAAACUGACUCCUUUCCCAGCCCUGUUUCACACGAAGCAUUGCGUGCUUUCUCUUAAAACAUUUUGGUAGCACGUUAUUUUACACUCGUAAUUUAACAGGUAGAUACAAAGUAAUGAAUCUUGCCUAUUGGAUCGUAAAGUAACUUGUGUGAAAACUGCUGCGUUUGUACAGCAGAACUUACAAUUUCAACUGUUGCAAUAACUUUACAAUGUACAAUAAUUAUUCAGGCUUUAAUGGCUAUGUAUGUAGUUCUUACUAUUAAUGCUACUUUAUUUGGAAAUAUACGUAUGUAGUAAUUCAUAUGAUGUAAUUCAUGACAUUAUCAAUAAUCAUUAAAUUUUAAAGGAAAGUUGAAUAAUUGUAUAAUAAUAUAAGAAUUAUUACACAGUUGUUACCUACAUUAAUUUUCUCUUUUCAGUCAGAGAUGGUACAUUUGUAGCUAAGUAGCUAUAAGUGUGUAGUUUCUUAUGUACUUAUAUGAUGUAAACACCAGAUAUUACUUGGAAGUACUACAUUAUUAACUGUUAAAUUCUGAAUAAUUAUUACUUGGACACUAUUGCUGUACAAAGCUGGUAGCCUUCACACAAAAGUUACAAAAGUAUGUAAUUAUUUGUAAUUUAAGUACCUAUUCAAGGAUGGAAAAAUAGUCGUUCAUUAGCUGGCUCAACCACCAGGCACGUAAAUGCUCCAUUUAACUGAGCAGUCACAAGUCCCGGAAACUGACUAGGCUAAAAAGUGAUAGCUAAUAUUAUAUAUUAACUUAUGACGAGCUAGUUAUGAAUACGGGGAAAGGAAAUGAACAUGUAUACGAGUACUACACUCUAUUCUAAUAGUUUUGUAGUGUGGAACAUCGUGUUUGAGCUCUCGACAAAAAGUCAGAAGCUAGACAAAACGUUAGCUAGCUCGCUAGAGCCGUGGCUGGUGUGUGUAGUGCAGCAGGUGGUGGGGGGAUUUAGAGCGCAGUUCGAUCACUGAGGUGUGUAGCAUCACCUUGAAGCGCAUUGCAAUUAUACAGAGCUACAUACCAAUGAAACCUUUUGUUUUGUUAAAGUCAAUAAGGAUUUUUUUUUUUGUCUUUUUUCUAGUUGUUAAGUCUACUUGUCCACCAGGUGACUAUGAAUAAAAAUCUGAUGACCUGAACAUGAAAUCUGCUGGUCCUAGGAGCCCAGGCUACUGAUUUGUCCAAUUUUGCGAUUAAAUAAUAGGUACUUACCAUACUAUAAACUAAAAAUGCUAGACUUUAUGCCAGAAGUUAACUUAAGAAGGUUAACAGUAGCUGGACCUUUGUGUUUUUGAGAUUUUUCAGUGAUUUAUAUCUUGUGUUAAAUCCUCUUCAGGUUAUGACACAUUAUCUACGCCUACAUCCGUGACUCGAUUUCUUCAACAGUUCAAUAGUUUUUCCUCCACAAUUGAAAAUGUAGUCGAUUCGACAAUCGAUUUUCACACAUGUAGUGACAUCUAGUGGUUUUAGCUUUAUGAUUACCUUGAUAUGAGACGUCGUUUUUGUUCCUUAUGGCAUGAGACAACCGACACCAGAAGCACCAGAUUCAACUGUCACAUCUUGAAUCAAGUCUGUACCACUUGUUUAUUAUUCUUGUGCAUGAAUUAGUGAUUUACUGAUACACGAAUAAACAGAAAAAACGCCCCAGCUGUCUAAACAGUUACGAUUCCCAGAAAAUGUGGAUAAAUGCUUGAAACAAAUGUGAUUUCCAAAGAAGUCUCUUAAUCAGUGUUUCUUUUCAAAUCCAGUACAGAGACAAAACAGCACUAUUAGAGCGCCGCAGUGUUUCGCACCUUAUUAUGUGGUUGGCAUUUUCAUUAAUGAGAGCCUGUGUAAUUUCACUGCUGAUUAUAUUGCCACAUUCAAUAUUCUUUCCCUUUUAACACAUGUGAUAACAGAAUUGUGUCGACGUAUAAAGAAUGGAACGAGUAUUUACUUGUUUGAUUUUUAUUUUAUCGCACAGCGUAAUUUGAUUAGCCUCUACAGCAAUAAAUAAAUACUUCACACUACAAAGGAAAGUGUAUAAUAAAUAUAUAUAUAUAUAUAUAUAUAUGAUUGUGUGUGAAUAAAAUGAACUGUCUCCUUCAGUCUCUGAUCAUGGGUGUCCUAAGUGUUUGAAAUUUUUUAUGUCCUAUACGAUUGAUAUCAACAAUUAUGAAAUCUAUACAUCAUAUUUGUUGUGUUGUAAUUUUAAAGAAAAAUAAUCGUGAGAAAAUUAAGCCAAAAUAAAUCAGUCUGGUUACGCAGGGAUGUAUACACUCUGUUUUAAUUUUGAAAUUAUUAUUAUAAUAAUAAAUUAUUAUUUGAACCAAAGAUGAGACAUCAUCAGAUAAACCCAAAUGACAUUUUUAAAUAUUUGUCUAAUUUUAUUUAUAUAUAAAUAUAUUUAUUUGUUUGUUUUUACUCUGAAUAUUAUCAAAAAUGUGUGCAUUAUUAUCAGGAUUCUCUUUUUUAUUUAAAGAAAUAUGUAAAAUCAGACAUUUGAAGGAGUGUGUUCUGGCAACAAGAUGGUUUUUUUUGCUGUGGUCCCCGCUGACUUUGUCCUCUUCGAUCAUUCCUAAUGACGGCUGAUGUUUAUUGCUCUCCCCACGUGCCCUCUGGUGGCAGGAGAACCUGGUGAGACGCUAGAAUAUUUGCUUUCUAUCAGUAACUAGCAGGGUAUUUUGUAAUAGACUGAGACUAUUGUUAUAUUUCCAGCUAGGUCAGGAUUAAUUUUACACUGUUAAAGCGUAUUGGUCUGUGCUCAGUAGAAGAACAAUGAGUGUAAGCAGAAACACUGGAAAGAAAUAAACACCAAUAUCACAGAA